GUGUGUGUGGGGGGUGGGGUGUGGGGGGGUAGCCACCUCCCCCGCGCUCAGGCUCCCCCCGCCCCUACCGCGCGCGCGCCUGCAAUGUCCCAGUGACGACCAUGGACGCGGCGGGGCUGCAGAGACCUCCGCCUUUGCACGGCUCUGGCGAUUUUGCGUCGGACAGCGAUGGCGAGAUGACCUCGGAGGAGGAGGAAUUUGAGUCCGACUACAGCGACUACUACAAGAGCACGCCGCCCCUGCGUCAGCGGCACGCUCGCCUCAGCGCGAUCAACCACAAGAGCGGGCGCGAGGGCCGGCGCCCGCCCACGGCCACGGCCACCGGCGCCGGGGGAGGAGGAGGUGUCGCCGCCACGGGGCCCGGCAAGGGAGCCCGAGGCAAGGGCGCGAUGAGCCCCUCGCCGGCGCUGGACUUUGGCGGGCGGCGCCGGUUCCCGUUGGGCGAGCGCGACGACCCCGGCGCCGGCUACGAGCUCAAGAAGAAGCAGCUGUCCAUGGCACGCAGCGUGGACCGCGACCGCAAGCAGCUGGGUCACGGUGACCUCGAACGCGACCAGGGGCCGGCGUCGCCGGCGGUCGCGUCGUCGCCGGCGACGACGCAACCGCCGGCGGCGCCGCCCGGCCCGGCCAACAUCCCCAACGUGGACCUGCCCAAGCCGUUCCUGUCGCUGGGCUCGAGCAAGCUGGCGGCGCCGCGGCCCAGCCUCGUGCUGCGCCCGCAGCGCCAGAGCUCGCGCACCGACAUGCCGGCCGACCGCCUGCGCUUCUUCGAGACGCUCAAGCUGCUGCUGAUGCUCAACAAGCGCAAGGAGAAGGACCCGGUGACGCCGGGGCGUCUGCCCGGGACCUCGCCCGCCGGCGCGGCCGGCGCGGGCGGCGCGGGCGCCGCCGGCGUCGGCCUCCUGUCGGGCGCGCCGUCGUCCGCGACCUCGUCCGCCGGCGGGCCGCAGCUGCUGUGGCAGAACCAGUGGAACGAGCUGAUCUGGCUGGAGCUGCAGGCCUGGCACGCCAACCGCAGCAUGACGGAGCAGGACAUGUACCUGUACACGGCGCGGCACGCCAUCCCCGAGGUCAUGCAGGACGUGCUGCACUUCCGGGUCGCGCUCCGCCACGUGUCGUGUCGGCCGCCGCCGCCGCCGGCCUUCCGCCCGGCGGCGGCGGCGGCGGCGGCGGCGGCGGAGGCGCGGCGGCGGUUGGCGAUGGCGCAGGGCGGCGACGCCGCGUUGGGGAGGCGGCGGCAGCAGCAGCAGCAGCAGCAGCGAGGGACUUGGACAAUGGCUGCGACGGAACGCGGCGGCGAUGACGGCAGCGGCGGACUCGGAAGCGACGCGGGAAUUUCGCAAUCGGCGCCGGGCCGGCUCGCGGUCCCGCCGGCGGCCUCCGGUGACGGCGAGGGAACGGAGGCGGCGGAGGCGGAGGCGGCGCCGGCGCGGCGGCGCCGCGAGUCGCCGCCGACGCUCGUGAGCGAAGCGGAGGAGCGGCCGCAACCUCCGCCGCAGCCGCCGCCGCCGCCUUUGCAGCACGGGGCGGGCGACCGACCGCGCUGCUCGCUCGGGUUCCGGCUCAUCGAGCCCGCCCACCUGGAGCUGCAGAAGGAGGCGUGCCAGCAGGCAGCGGACGUCACCGCCGCGCCACGCUCCCCGCCGGCGCCCGUCGCUCACGCGACCGCGGCACAAUCGCCCGCGACGUCCGUGCCGCGCGUGACGUCCGUGCCGCGCGUGACGUCCGUGCCUCGCGUGACGUCCGUGCCGCGCGUGACGUCCGUGCCGCGCGUGACGUCCGUGCCGCGCGUGACGUCCGUGCCGCGCGUGACGUCCGUGCCGCGCGUGACGUCCGUGCCACGCGUGACGUCCGUGCCGCGCGUGACGUCCGUGCCGCGCGUGACGUCCGUGCCGCGCGUGACGUCCGUGCCUCGCGUGCCGCCCCAGGUGAAGGCCCUGCUGGAGCAGCUGGACUCGCUGGAGGCGCUGUUCCCGUCGCUGCACGCGCUGCAGCGCGAGCCCUGUGCCUGUGGCUGA